AUGGAUGGCAAAGACCGAGGCGACAAUUCUGGCAAGCGAAGUUCUCUGCCAAGCAGUCUAAUUCCCCAUCUAUAUACAAGCCCACAGAAAGCCAGGAACAGCUCUACUAGGACGACGCUCCCUGAAGCUGGGGACGACGAAGACAUGGAGUCGGAGCAUCCUGGGCCCUCACCACCGCCCCUUUCUCACCGUUCUGCCACCACUCCUUUAUCCUCUGGGUCGUAUCCCUCAAACGUACCACGUACUGUGCACGCAUUUGGGAGCUACGAGGCGGGUUGGCAAGGUGACCCCUCUGCGCCGCCUGGCCUCAGUGGUUCUUCUUCCAUUCCACAUGGUCCACCUAGUCGACGAGCCGACGAAGGCCAAGACACGGUCGCUGCUCGUCGUGGCACCCCGACUUCCUUCGCUGUCCGGGCCGGCGCUCCUCCUGUAUCCUCCGUAGCUUACCCCGCCGACGUGCACCGUCCAUACGCGGGAUACGAGACGGCGGUGUGGCAAGAAAGUCCUGCGGGAUCACCUGCGCCAGCUCGUCCCAGUGGCUCUUCUUCCGUUUCGCAUGGUCAGCCCAUCCGAAGUGACCCGGCGUACUAUGUCUCCAGUUCUAGGGGACCCUCUGGCGGGUACACUCUGCAGCAUUCACCUGACUACGCUCCUUGGCGGGAGGGGGAAGCUGGACCGUCUCACGCACACUACGACGCCAGAGGUGGAAUGAGACAAAGGUAUGCUCCUGAGCCGCAACCUAGUCCGUCUCGUGGAAUGGGACACUACGAACAGGUUUAUAGAAGGGAUUCUGUGCCUCGAAGUGAACCGCCAGUCCCGUCUCAUGGAAUGAGUCAAUACGACGAACGCGCCGCGGUGGGGUACCGCAGGGAACCAAUCCCAAGAGAUACAUAUAUGGGUGGCGGGCCUCCGGUCACUCAUUACAGUCCGUAUAGUGUGAGGCCUCAGUAUCAAGAAAUAUCACCCUCGCACGGAAUACGCGCCGGACCUGAGAACUUAUACAGUGAGGUGCUUCCUCCACGACAAGUGCCGGCUUACAUCCUCCCUCCCAUUGCUGCGCCUAGUGGACUGUCUGAAGAGGUCUCUAGUAGCGGUACUGAUGACGACGGUGAUGGCGAAUACACCCCAACCAAAUCCCGGCGAGGCAAAAAGCGUGUGAGAAGCACAAGCCCCGGAGGAGACGAUUCGAGACGAAAGAGUGUCAAAAAGACACUUAUAGCCUGUGAUUUCUGCCGCGGACGGAAACUACGCUGUGACGGAGCGAGACCGUCAUGCAUGAAUUGCACGGCUCGAGACAACCGGCCUUGUGUAUAUCAGUCGACCCCGAAACGACGUGGACCGGGCAAGAAUCCUAAGCCAAAAACCCCCAAGACGAAGAAAAGAAGCAGUACGAGGGCGCGAACGAGCGAAAGUGUGCGUGCCGAGGGACCAUCAUCAUCGGUAGAGGAUUUUGAUAUGGCAAGCUCGGCGUCCGAGCGCCAAAGAGCGUCGCCAUCUCCCGAAGAAGUCAAUCAGUCGGAUCCGUCUGAGGUGACGGCAACGGGUCCGAGUCUGUACCUAACAGAUGAUAACUCCAUGGCACCACGAGGAUCUCAACGGAAUGUACGACGUGGAAUAGUGACACCGUCGCCACCAGGGAAGAGGGGAAAGAAAUAGGCAAAAAAAUGGUGGGAUACUAUUAUAGUCUGGCAGGAGGUAGGUAUUAUCCUAAUGGCGGUACCGCGGUCGGUAUAGGCGGCCUGGGAAGCGCAUUCGGGGAAGAUUCCCGCUCCCGUUGGUUCUGGAUCAUUUGCAAAGGCCGCUAAGGGCCAUUACAGUUGGUUGCAGUUUCGCCCAGUUUCCCCACAUUCAUAUCCCCCUGUCCACCAAUGACAGAUCCUCCCGAUUCUAUUUACGUAUUCCGUUGCUAUCCGCUCUUUUCUUAGCCAUUUAUAUGCGCACUCCGGACGCAUGCCUACGGCUCUCACGAUAUGAUUACCCCGAAAUCGGUUAUUUCACAGCUCUACCUUAGUUGUAGCGACAGUUUUAUAGUGUUGCUGUAUAUUGUUUAGGAUAGGCGAAACUAAUAGUAUAGAAAAGCCUGGACUGCAGGCGUAAUACAAGCUGCGAGCGGG